GCCUGGGCAGCCGCACCUGAGCCCCCAGCUCGGGCCGAGGGGACGGACGCUGGGAGCUGCUGCAGCCAGCGGGCGGGCGGGCGGGCGGGGGGAACGAGAGCCACAGAAGGGGUGACCACGUGCCGCCUCCCGCGGGCGGGGGCUAGGACUUGCCGGGUCAGACCCCUCCACCCCUUCCCGGCCAAGAUCACCUCGAGCACCCAGCACCAGCUCAGAGGCAGACCCAGCUUCUCGCCCUAACUUUUCUUUAACUUGCCUGUAAGGGGGAACCUGCCGCCCCGCCCGCCCUCUAGCCGCGACGAUCCGCACUUGAACUCCGCCGCGCGGCCCUUCCACCUUGCGCCGCCCCGAGCGCGGGCGUGGAGUGGCUGCCGGGAAACCCCGAUGAACUCUCCAGAAAAAGCGUGAAGGAGGGUCCGGCCGCCGCGCUCGGCUCGGGCGCCCGGGGUCUCCACUGGGGAACUCGGAGCAGCAGAACCAGGGAAAGACUGUGGACCAUGACCGUGCGGCCCCUGGGGACCUCAGCGCAGUGAUGCCAACAUGAUGUUUCAUUCAGAUCAAAUGUGGAACUGUCAUUGGAAAUGGAAGCCAAGUUCUCUUUUGUUCUUACUUGCUUUAUGUAUUGUGUAUGUUCCUCUUUCAGUGUGGGGAUGCGCCAACUGCAGGGUUGUCCUAUCCAGCCCUUCUGGGACAUUUACUUCUCCGUGCUACCCUAACGACUACCCUAACAGCCAGGCUUGCAUGUGGACCCUGCGAGCCCCCACCGGCUAUAUCAUUCAGAUAACAUUUAAUGAUUUCGACAUUGAAGAAGCUCCCAAUUGCAUUUAUGACUCAUUAUCCCUUGAUAAUGGAGAGAGCCAGACUAAAUUUUGUGGCGCAACUGCCAAAGGCCUAUCAUUUAACUCAAGUGCGAAUGAGAUGCAUGUGUCCUUUUCAAGCGACUUUAGCAUCCAGAAGAAAGGUUUCAAUGCCAGCUACAUCAGAGUUGCUGUGUCCUUAAGGAACCAGAAGGUCAUUUUACCCCAGACGCUAGAUAGUUACCAGGUAUCUGUUGCCAAAAGUGUCUCUAUUCCAGAGCUCAGCGCUUUCACGCUCUGUUUUGAAGCAACCAAAAUUGGCAAGGAAGACCAUGAAUGGAUAGCUUUCUCCUACUCAGAUACAUCCUUCACACAGUUACUUAGCUUUGGAAAGGCCAAGAAUGGCUACUUUAUUUCUAUUUCUGGCUCAAAAUGCUUCCUAAACAGCGUGUUACCUGUGAAGGAUAAAGAAGACAUUUUCACAGAAAGCUUUGAGCAGCUCUGCAUCAUUUGGAAUAAUUCUCUGGGUUCUGUUGGUGUAAAUUUCAAAAGAAACUAUGAAGCAGUUCCGUGCGAUUCUACCAUCAGUAAAGUUAUUCCUGGAAAUGGGAAGUUGUUGUUAGGCUCCAGUCACAAUGAGAUUGCCUCCCUAAAAGGGGACAUUUAUAACUUUCGACUUUGGAAUUUUACCAUGAAUUCCAAAGUCCUCUCCAACCUCAGCUGUCAUGUGAAAGGGAAUGUGGUCGACUGGCAAAAUGACUUCUGGAAUAUCCCCACCCUAGCUCUGAAAGCAGAAAGCAACCUAAGCUGUGGUUCCUACCUGAUCCCACUCCCAGCAGCAGAACUAACCAACUGUGCCGAUUUGGGGACCCUCUGCCAAGCUACUGUAGACUCUCCUAGUACUACACCACCCACUGUCACCACUAACAUGCCUGUUACUAAUAGAAUCGAUAAACAAAGGAAUGAUGGAAUUGUCUAUAGAAUUUCCAUAGUGAUUCAAAAUAUCCUUCGUCACCCUGAAGUUAAAGUACAGAGCAAGGUAGCAGAAUGGCUCAAUUCAACCUUCCAAAAUUGGAACUACACUGUUUAUGUGGUUAAUAUCAGUUUUCACCAGAGCACGGGAGAGGACAAGAUUAAAGUCAAGAGAAGCAUUGUGAAUGAUCAAAGGUUGGUGAUUUGGGCCCUUCUAGUUUACAAUGCUACCAACAAUCCCAAUUUAGAAGGAAAAGACAUUCAACAGAAGCUCUUAAAAAAUAAUGAGUCCCUGGAUGAAGGCUUGAGGCUAUAUGCAGUGAGUGUGAAGCAACUGGGUUUAUGUCCUGCUGAUGAGGAUCCCAAAGGCUAUCACUGGCCACUCAUCCCACCUUCUGUAUACAACUUUCCCUGUCCAGGAAAACAGGGCUUUUAUGCUUCACGGACAUGUUAUCGUGACCCUGCCAACACAUCUGUAGCCUACUGGGGGCCUCCUGAUCUCUCCAACUGUUCAAGAGAAGCAAAUGAAGUGGCCAACCAGAUUUUAAAUUUAACUAGUGAUGGGCAGACCUUAAGCUCAGCCAAUAUUACCAGCAUUGUAGAACAGGUCAAAAGGAUUGUGAAUAAAGAAGAAAACAUUGAUAUAACGCUUGGUUCAACUUUAAUGAAUAUAUUUUCCAAUAUCUUAACCAGUCCAGACAGUGACUUGCUUGAGUCUUCUUCUGAAGCUUUAAAGACAAUUGAUGAAUUGGCCUUCAAGAUAGACCUAAGUAGCACAUCACAUGUGAAUAUUACAACUCGGAAUUUGGCUCUUGGAGUCUCAUCCCUGUCCCCAGGGACAAAUGAAAUUUCAAAUUUUAGCAUCGGUCUUCCAAGCAAUAAUGAAUCCUAUUUCCAGAUGGAUUUUGAGAGUGGACAAAUGGAUCCAUUGGCUUCUGUAAUUUUGCCUCCAAACUUACUUGAGGAUUUAAGUCAAGAAGAUUCUGUAUUAGUUAAAAGAGCACAGUUUACUUUCUUCAAUAAAACUGGACUUUUCCAGGAUGUAGAAACCAAGAAAGGCACCUUAGUGAGUUAUGUGAUGGCAUGCAGUAUUGGAAACAUUACUAUCCAGGGUCUGAAGGACCCUGUUCGAAUUAAAAUCAAACAUAUGAGAAACCAGGCAGUGCCUCAUCCCAUCUGUGCCUUCUGGGAUCUGAACAAAAACGAAGGUUCUGGAUUUUGGAACACGUCAGGAUGUGUGGCACACAGAGAUUCAGACGAGAGCGAGACAGUCUGCUCAUGUAACCACCUCACACACUUUGGAGUUCUGAUGGACCUUCAAGGAACUGCCUCACAGAUAGAUGCAAGAAACACCAAAGUUCUCACCUUCAUCACCUAUAUUGGGUGUGGGAUAUCUGCUAUCUUUUCAGCAGCAACUCUCCUUACAUAUGUUGCUUUUGAGAAAUUGCGAAGGGACUAUCCCUCCAAAAUCCUGAUGAACUUGAGUACAGCCCUGCUGUUCCUGAACCUCCUCUUCCUCUUGGAUGGCUGGAUCACCUCGUUUCACGUGGAGGGUCUUUGCACAGCCAUUGCUGUCCUCCUCCAUUUCUUCCUCAUUGCAACCUUCACCUGGAUGGGGCUAGAAGCAAUUCACAUGUACAUUGCCCUGGUUAAAGUAUUUAACACUUACAUUCGCAGAUAUAUACUGAAAUUCUGCAUCAUUGGCUGGGGUCUGCCAGCCUUAGUCGUGUCCAUUGUUCUGGCAAGCAGAAACCAAAAUGAGGUCUACGGAAAAGAAAGUUAUGGAAAAGAACAAGGUGAUGAAUUCUGUUGGAUUCAGGAUCCAGUCGUAUUUUAUGUGACCUGCGCUGGGUAUUUUGGAGUCAUGUUUUUCCUGAAUGUUGCCAUGUUCAUCGUGGUAAUGGUGCAAAUCUGUGGGAGGAAUGGCAAGAGAAGCAACCGGACCCUGCGUGAAGAGGUUUUAAGGAACUUGCGCAGUGUGGUCAGCCUGACAUUUCUGCUGGGCAUGACAUGGGGUUUUGCUUUCUUUGCCUGGGGACCCUUAAACAUCCCUUUUAUGUACCUCUUCUCCAUCUUCAAUUCAUUACAAGGCUUAUUUAUAUUUAUUUUCCACUGUGCUAUGAAGGAGAAUGUUCAGAAACAGUGGAGGCGGCAUCUCUGCUGUGGUAGAUUUCGGUUAGCAGACAACUCAGACUGGAGCAAGACAGCUACCAAUAUCAUCAAGAAAAGUUCUGAUAAUCUAGGAAAAUCUUUGUCCUCAAGCUCCAUUGGGUCCAACUCAACAUACCUUACAUCCAAAUCCAAAUCCAGCUCUACCACUUACUUCAAGAGGAAUAGCCACACUGACAAUGCUUUCGUGGACAAAUCCUCGUCAAAAUUGACCCAUGCUGAUGGAGAACAAACAUCAAUCAUCCCUGUCCACCAGGUCAUUGACAAGGUCAAGGGUUAUUGCAAUGCUCAUUCAGACAACUUCUAUAAAAAUAUUAUCAUGUCAGACACCUUCAGCCACAGCACAAAAUUUUAAUGUGUUUAGUAUAUAACAGAAGAAUCUGUCUACGGAGACAUGAAGCUCUGCAAGCAGGGAAAACCAUGACUAGCACAUGUGAAUGUGCUGUGACCUAGAUAACUGUGUGUACGUGUAUGAGGAAUGUACUUUGUUAAGAAGGCUUUUGUGAAAUAUAAAAAAAUCUGUCUUUUCAGUGUAUUUCUUCCAUGGGGGAGUUUUGAUCAUCACUAAAACUUUAGUACUGAGAGCAACAUGUCCCAGUAGCCACAGGGGAUAUGAUUUUUUAAAAUAUAUAAUUGGAUUGGACUAAUCAGAACUCAGGGAGAGUGGGGGACAUUAAAGUCAGUGGACAAAGGAGGGGCAGAGCGAGGGACAAGCAUAGCUUAGAGCUCAUUCACGCCCCCCUAUUAGGUUUUAGAUAUAGCCAUUUGCUGUAUCAUCUUUCUCAACAAUAAAAAGCGUAUGGAUAGUAAAGUAAAGUAAAGUAAAAUGGACAAAUAGUCCAUUUGUGGACAAAUGGACAAAUAGUGUAAAAUAGUCACAACUAUUUGGAUGCCCUCAAGUUCCUUCUCAGUGCCAGUUUCUAUGAAUGCAAUAACAUUUCCUCUUUCCAUAAAUUUUCAACCACAGAUACAAAAAAAUGCUUAAUGCCUGACCCAACGAUUAGAAAGGAAUUUGUUCUUAUUAUACCAAGUGUUUUACCUUCAAAACAUUAAUGUGCUUGAGAAAGAAUUUCUAAAAUUUUGACCCAGUGAAUAUGAGGCCCUGUAAAUUUCUACUAUUUCACUUAUCCUACUCAAGACACAAGGUUUAAGCAUCAUCAUUAAUUAGAAUUUAAUCCCAUACAUUUGAGUAAAGUGUAAUGUUGAGAUUCCAUUAGUGUGGACUUCCCACUACUUGUUGAAGAAUGAAUCCCUUAGACUUCUGGUUUUGUUCCUUUUCUAUCUGUUGAGCCCAUAGACUCAUGGGAGGAACGAGGAGUUCCAUCAGGCAUACUAUAUAUACACUGUAUAAUAGUCUCUCCCUUUUAGAAAAUACAAUCAUUGAGAUUCUAUGGUCCUGUCCUUGCUCUAGGGACUUUAAGACAUUUCCAUUUGCACAAUUGGAAAGCCUCUUACUUCCUUUUCAAGUGUUUUGUUCCAAAGAAUAUAAACUGAGACAUAUGGGUGACUUGUCAUAGUCAAAAUAAUUUAUAAACAUGUUGGUCUGCAAUUGUUAGUCUAAAAACCAUUUGUACACCAGUCCUCUGAUUAUAAGAGCCAGAGGAGGUCUGGCAAGAUAGAUAAAUAAAUUAGGUUUCUGCGUACAAGGCAUGCAUAUUAAGCAGGUUACCUAAUUUUCAAACUACCCUAAGUGAUCUGCUUCCUAGUGAAUGUGUUGGAGAUGACAUUUAAAUUAUUCUUAAUUGAUGGAGUUGUAUCUAGGUCCUUAGAAAUUGAUCUCAAUACAUGUUGUACUUUUACAUUUGCUCUGGGUUAUCUGGGAAGCAUCAGGUUCUAGGAGACAUUAGCCCACAUGAUGAGAAGAUAAGGAAGCGCCAGUCUGCUUAAAGACAGAAGCCAGAACUGAGCACCUGGGGGCCUUUCUCUCUGUGCAAAAAGGAGGUGCCUCUCAGUCUGAGACCUAGGAGAGCUCUCAGGCUAUGCAGCAUCCAGGGGGUCUCUCACCUUUUGCUGAUCUCCAGUCAUAAACUAUUUGCCAGACUUAAAUGGAUGAUAAGAUAAUAUGAUGGUGGGUUUUUAUUGCCAUUUCAUUUUGCAGCAGCCUGGACCAGGCCUGGGAGACAUGAGCGUUACCCCGCUUGACUUUCAUAGGGGAGGAGUGUAUAUAGUAGGAAAGGAUAGUAAACCUCAAGGUCAUUAAGAUUUGCUACAGUAGAGCCAAAUCCUUUUCUAUGGGUGUAUUAUUAACAGGCUGCUUAUUCUGGCAGAGGUUACGUGUAGACGAAAAUUAGUCUUAAGUCGUUACUGAAUCUUCAUAUACUUUCCCCCAAGCCUUAGAGAUUCAUGAGAGAAUUUCAUUAGCGUUCUACUGUGAGAUUUCUACCCAAAGAUUUCUACUCAUAUUUAGUUAAUAGUAUUUAAGAGAUAGCUUCCAAAAUGGCCUUCAUUUCUACUCCUGUUCAUUCAGACCUGGGAAACUAUUUUCUUUUUUUUUUAUCACUGACAACAAUGUCAACUCCGCUUUCGAAAUUUCCAGUAAUCAGGUAAGGAGAAAUGAAGAAACAACAGCUGAAUAAAAACAUUUGCAGAUGGAUUUAAAAGACUGAGCCAAAUUCUACCCCAGUUCCAAGCAUGGGCUUCUCACCUUCAUUGGUUUCCCUCAAAAAAGAAUUGCAGGAAUUUAGCUAUGGAGCCAAAAUUCAGUUCACCUUAACCUUGAGAAUAAUAGCAAUUCAGAUUCCCUGGGGUUUUUCUUCUUCUUCUUCUUUUUUCCUCUUUUUUUAACUACAUUGUGUUAGUCUUAGUCUAGUGUCCUGAGAUACUUUGUAUUCUUAUCAUCGUUCCCUGCCGUUUUGAAGCUUUUCUUUGUCCAUUGUUGGCACAGACUCUUUUGUACAUAUUUAUUUAUUGUGUUUAUAAAUGCCAGCUUGUUUCAUAUCUUAGCUUUAUAUUGCCUGGAUUUGUUUUUUUAAUUAACUUUCUAUUGGAGAGACUGUAUAUAUUUUUUCCUAAAUAGUUUGUGAAAUAGUUUUCUUUAGUAAUAUCAUUGAAUAUGAUGAAUAAAAAUAACUGUGAGUGCAAAUUAGAAUUAGUAGUAAGAAGCCUACUAUAACUGAUUUGCCAUUUUACUUAAAUGGAAAAUGUUUUUCAAA